AAAUUUCAGUUUGCGCGAAAAGUUCUUAGUGCCCACAAUUAUUAUCGGGCCUUGCAUAAUGCUCCUCCAUUAACUUUGAACCCGAAGCUGAGUCAGAUGGCAAGCAAAUGGGCCCAUCAUUUGAAGGCCACAAAUACCAUAAAGCAUAGUCAGAAUGGAUAUGGAGAAAAUAUCUACUGGGCCUCAAACGGUAAAUUGGCACCCAGCGAUGUCGUCGAAGCUUGGUACAAUGAGAUUUCCUUGUACAAUUGGAGGUAUCCCUCUUAUAGUAAACAGACCGGGCACUUCACUCAGGUGGUGUGGAAGGGUUCCACUGAAUUGGGCGUCGGGUUUGCCAAAAGGGGCAAAACCAUCAUUGUUGUAUGCAACUAUAAUCCCCCUGGCAAUUACGAAAACGAGUUCAGGAGAAAUGUAGCUCUUCCUAGAAAGAUCUACAGGAACUAA